AUGCGGAGACGUUGGGGCGCUUGGGAUCGUCACCCCGGAGGAAGGGGUCUCGGAGGCAACAGACAAGAUCCGGGCGGAGCCAACCACCUCAAUAUUCAAGUUGAACCUCUGGAGUCAGCGAGUCAUUGCCAGCCCUUCCGAUUUCAUUGUGGUGGACAAAGAUGA